GCGCCUCGUUCCACUCGCUUCACUGUGUCACCCUUCUUCUUCUACAGUCUUUCUCCCGCUCGCUCUUUCGAAUUGCCGCCAUGGAACUCGGCGUCUCCGCCGCCUCGCAAUCCCUAACUCUGCUCUCCUGCACGCAAUUGCCGUCCACGCUCUCGUCGACGAACGCAAUCCGGAGAGAGUUCCUCGGCUGCGGCCACAACCUCCGUCCUCCCGGCGGACUGCUCCGCUCCCGGGAGGCAAAAUGCCGGAAGGUCAGGAUUCGGAAAGGCCGGCCUCCUCGGCGAUUUGUGAUGGCGACGAACUCAGUGAUGCUCGUUGUCGCCGUCACCACCGUCUCUGCUGUUUCCGUUUUCUACUUGAACCGGUACUUGAAGACGAAGAAGACGCAAGGGAAGGAGAGCUCCGAUGAGGAGUUGGCAUCCUUAAAUUCAUUAUUGACACAUCUGAGCUCGAGCAUCAUGAGCCACGUUAGUGGUAGUCGAAAUUUACGAAUCGGUGAUGCUCAGAAUGGGGUUUCUCAAGCUCAAAGUGAAGAUGUCAUGGUGAAGGAAGAUGAGAGAAUCUCCAUAUCGGUGACCACCGAUAGGCAUGUACAGGUUCAGGAGAUGCAUUAUGGUUCAGGACUGGCUGAAACUGUGGAGUCUCCUGCUGCGGUUUUCGCUUCUUCUACUGCUUUAGAUUAUGCGGAUUCAAAAGAAUCUGAAACUGCUCUUCUGUCUCCUUCUUCACCUUCUGUGACUGCUGCUUUGCCUCUUGUAUUUGAUAGAGAAACGUCUGGAUUCGUGCCAGAGAAUCCAAGAGAAGAAGGCGACACAUCUGUGCACAAAAGCGCCAAUGGACAAGUUCAGGGGACACAUAACGGUUCUGUGAUCACUGAAAUGAAGGAAUCUUGGGCUGCUGAUUUCCAGGCCUCUACUGCUCUUAACAAUGUGGCUCACAAAGAUUCUGAAGCUGUUGAGUUAUCUUCUCCACCUUCUGUGGUGAGCCUGCCUGAAGCUGGUGAUGUGCGUUCAUUUAUCUUUGUGGAAGAAACUGUUGACUCUCCAUUGGAAAAGAAUGGUCAUAUUCCACAACUGAAGUCUGAUUCAGCUGAUGAAGUGGCGAGUGCAGAAUCUAGCUCUAUUUCCUUAACUAGGGAUGUUGAAUCAGGAGAAUUGGCUGACAUCAAUAGCUAUUCUGACUCCAUUGAAGAAUCUAUAAGGGAAGGUCUUCACACAUUUUUUCAGUCAAAGGAAUCAGUAGUCAAAUCUGAUGCAAAAAAAGUUGGGUUCAAAGCAAUGUAUUCUAGUUCCUCAUUGCAGAGUAGAACCCUUUUUUCUUCUUUGAAAGUGAAUUCUGCACGGAAAGGGGCAGAAGUAUCCACACAGACAUCCUGUCAGACUCCAGAAAACUUAAACGGGAAAGUACAUCAGGAUAAUGUUGAAGGGGACUCUGUUGAAAAAAGUACGAGAACAGGAAGCAUCAAAGCAAACAACAAGGGAAGUGGGCGUCUUAAGCACGAGAACCGUGGAAAGCCAUCAAAGCUCCCAACUCCUAAUGGAUUUCAUGCGAAUGAGAACAACAAGCCUCCAGAACAGUUCAAUGCGUACAAUUAUUUGCUGAAGGACGGCAGGUUAGUUGAGUGUGUAGAUUUUCUGGAAGACAUGGACAGUAAGGGCUUCCUAGACAUGAACAAGGUCUAUCAUGCUAAGUUUUUUGACAUGUGCAAACGUCAAAAGGCUGUUAAGGAAGCUUUCCGUUUCUGCAAGCUAAUUCCAAAUCCAACAUUAAGUACGUUUAACAUGCUCAUGUCUGUGUGUACAAGCUCACAAGACUCUGAUGGGGCAUUUCAAGUUUUAAGACUUGCGGAGGGUGCUCGAUUGCAACCUGAUUGCAAACUUUAUACUACUUUGAUAUCAACCUGUGCGAAAUGUGGAAAAGUUGAUGCAAUGUUUGAGGUUUUUCAUGAAAUGGUGAAUGCUGGAGUUGAACCAAACCUCCAUACCUAUGGGGCUCUAAUUGAUGGGUGUGCUAGAGCUGGACAAGUGGCCAAGGCAUUUGGUGCGUAUGGCAUAAUGAGGUCAAAGAAUUUGAAGCCAGAUCGAGUUGUCUUCAAUGCACUUAUCACUGCAUGUGGUCAAUCAGGAGCCGUGGAUCGUGCCUUUGAUGUAUUAUCAGAAAUGAAGGCUGAGAUACAGCCUAUUGAUCCUGAUCAUGUUACUGUUGGUGCAUUGAUAAAGGCAUGUGCAAAUGCUGGUCAGGUUGACAGGGCAAAGGAAGUUUACAACAUGCUUGAUAAGUAUAAAAUCAAGGGCACUCCAGAAGUUUAUACAAUCGCCAUUAACUGCUGUAGCGAGACUGGCGAUUGGGACUUUGCUCAUCGCGUGUGUGAAGACAUGUUAAGAAAAGGCGUCCUCCCUGAUGAGAUGUUUCUAAGUGCAUUGAUUGAUGUCGCUGGGCAUGCCGGAAAAGUCGAUGUAGCAUUUGAAAUCCUGCAGGAGGCAAGAAAGCAAGGAUCAAAACUUGGAGUUUUGCCUUAUAGCUCUUUGAUGGGAGCUUGUAGCAAUGCUAAAAACUGGCACAAGGCACUGCUCCUAUAUGAUGAUAUGAAGGCAUUCAAACUGAAGCCAACAGUUCCAACCAUGAAUGCGUUGAUCACUGCCUUAUGUGAUGGAGGCGAACUGCAAAAGGCUAUAGAGAUGCUGGCAGAAAUGAAGAGCUUUGGCCUGAAGCCAAACACCAUUACAUACUGUGUUCUCUUGGUGGCAAGUGAGAGAAACGAUGAUCUCGAGGCUGGUUUGAUGCUUCUUUCUGAGGCAAAAAGAGAUAAUGUGACACCCACCCUCCUCAUGUACAAAUGCGUAAUUGGCCUGUGUGUACGUAGAUACGAAAAGGCUUGUAUCCUCGGCGAGCCAAUCCUGUCCAACACAAGACAACCACAAAUAGUAAAUCAAUGGACGACACAUGCCUUAAGGGUAUACCGUGAAAUGAUUAUUGCUGGUGAGCAACCAACGAUGGACGUUGUUUCACAAAUUCUGGGAUGCUUGCGCCUCCCAAGUGAUCCUUCAGUGAAGGACAGACUUGUUGAAAAUCUGGAUGUAACUGCCGACGACUCGACUAGACAUUCUUCUAACCUAUGUUCAUUGGUUGAUGGAUAUGGAGAGUACGAUCCCCGUGCCUUUUCAAUUAUAGAGGAAGCUGCUUCUUUUGGAAUUGUUCCGUGUUUAUCUUACAAACAAAGUCCGGUUAUGGUUGACGCCAAAAGGAUGGAUACUCGUAUUGCUGAGGUCUACAUAAUGACAGUUUUCAGAGGUCUGAAGCACCGGCUUGCAGCUGGUGCCAAGUUGCCCAAUGUAACCAUUAUACUGCCAACAGAACAGGCGAAAAUCGCGAUUCCUAAACAGGAGAAAACAAUAAAUCUUGCAGGAAGGGUUGCUCAGUCAGUUGCGUCGUUGCUGAGAAGGCUCGGAGUAAGCUAUCAAGGCAAUGAAUCUUACGGAAAGAUCAGAAUAAACGGGAUCACUUUGAGACGAUGGUUUCAACCAAAGCUUGCUUCUCCUGCUUUUACUGGGAAACCAAACGAGUUUGAACCCAAUCUUACCGGACUUUCGUUCCAAUCACGAAUAGGAAAGGGAAUUAGUCAUCAGCAGCGUGAUAUACGAACCGGCAAUUUGUCGUUGGACUGAAACAGUCAGGACGACCAAACUAGAACAGCUCCAAUUUCUCAUUUGGCAGCAUCAUUUUGACACAAGAGCUAGCUACUCCACCUCCUACAAGAAUCACCCGGGAUUGGUCUUGUCGCCCAUUUUCAGGCCACGUGGUUUCUUUUAUCUGUCUUCCUACAAGAAUGGUGGAGUUGUUCAAGUUCCCGCGGCAGCAAGCAAUGCAAUAUCAUCAGGCUAGUUUCAGUUGUCUUCAUUUCCUGUAUCUUCUAGCUUUGAGAGGCUAGAUUAAGGUGGGGGGAAGAAGAAAGACAAUACGGAGCAUAAAUUGCACGAUUUGUAUGAUAUAUAGUUCUGCAUACGCCCUGUAAAAUACCGGCAACUGAAACAGGUUGUCGAUUUUGAAGAGAUUCGAGUAGCUGGAAGAAAGAAAAAAGAAAGAAGAAGAAAAAUAAAUCCGCUAUCAGCUGCAACUCUACAAUGGGAGGGAAAAUGUAUGGUGUUUGUUACAAUUGAAACGACCCUCCUGUAUUUAUCUUACGAUUCCAGGAAGGCUCAAAAGAAUGUAGUAUAUAUGUAUGCAUUCUCUAAGUAUACUUGUGUACUGUGUCUGUGUGAGAUUAUUGGUGAUCUAGGAGGUCAAAUGAGAAGCGAUGACGGCGAUGAAGUCGUGUUCGUGGCAGGGGAUCGUCAGGGCACCCUGCGGCGGAUUGUAGCCGAACUCUUCCUCAGCUAGCUGAAGCAAUUCCAGGAACAGAGGGUUGCUGAGAAAUGAGAUGGGAACUAUGAACCUCUUCCUCUCCACUUGUCCAACGUACACCGCAAUGUGACCUUUGGGAACGCUCCUCCUCGAACCCCGUCUCACCUUGUCAGAAGACGAUGAAGAUCGCGAUGAUGACGACGAUGUUGAAGAAGAGGAGGAAGAAGAAGACUGCCUCUUAAGAAUGUCGAGAAUCCCCAUUCCGUCGUUUCGUGCUGUAGAUUUCGGUGUGUCAGAAAGCAAGUGAAGCUCUUCCUUCUGGGUUUAGGAGGGAGAAGAGUUUCUGAGUUGGGAAUGAGAGAUGGUGAUGUGGGGAAACUGCAGAAGGAGAGUACUUAUACAAAGAUAGGGACAGGAGACUCUGGAGUCAAAGGAAGGAAGGGCAGUGGUUCAUGGGAAGAAUCCUUGUAAUAUA